CACGCGAUCGCCGCCGCGGCGUUCAUUUGUAUUCAAGCAUCCUUUCGACCUGGGCACUGCAGCUUGGUGGUGAUAAUACACGGCCGAUGGGAUGGCAGAUGAUGCUGAGAAAAAGGAGGAAAAUGAUUGUGACGAUAAUAGGAUUCCAGUCACAACAACCACCACCAAGAACGCCUUGAUCACCACGCAGGUGGGCCCUUGCGAGAGUCAUCCUCACCGUGUUAAGGUAUCCAUCGUCGGUACCGGAAAGAUCGGAAUGGCGUGCGCGAUCGCGAUUCUCAUGAGGAAAAUGGCCAGUGAAGUCUGUCUGGUUGACAAGGACGCCGAAUACGCGGCUGCCGAGGCGGCUGAUAUCCAACACGGAGGUGUUUUCAUAGGGAAUCCACUCGUGACCGGCACUGCAGAUAUCACCUUCGUCAAGGAGUCAGCCGUGAUCGUAAUAGCUGUGGGUGAACCAACGCCAGGAAAACCUCCCGACGUCGCCACUAAUUUGGCAAUUUUUCGCAAGAUCAUACCCGCCAUAGCUAAGCACGCGUGCAAGGCUGUUCUCGUGGUGGCUACUCAGCCGGUUGAUGUGAUGUCUUACAUUGCUUGGAAGCUGUCGAAGCUGCCGUCGAGUCGGGUCAUCGGGACAGGCACCCUCGUCGACAGCAUGAGGCUUCAGUACUAUCUCAGCCAGAAGUUGGGCCUGGCGAACACCUCCGUCAGCUGCAUGAGCAUAGGAGCGCAAGGCGACACCUCAGUUCCCGUGUGGUCUGGUGUUCACGUCGCUGGCAUGAAACUUCGCGAUAUUAAUCCAAGGAUGGGAGAAACCGAUGACCCGGAGAAGUGGAACGAAGUUUCCCAAGCUGUUAACGAUUGCGAUGCCAAUAUCAACUCGAAGAAACGCGAAAGAGGACCAGCAUGUUGGGCUGUCGGAUUUUCCACUGCUGAAAUCGUAGACGCUGUGCUGAGAGACACGAAGGUUGUACUGCCAGUGUCGACUUACAUACACAGCUGUUCUCACGGGAUGGACAAGGAUGUCUACAUGUCCAUUCCGUGCGUAUUGGGCAAGGACGGUGUUCAUCAUACGGUACGACAGAAGCUUACUGACACUGAGAAAAUGGGGGUGCAGGAAUGUGCUGACAAUAUAAGAAACCAACUCAGAACUUGCGGUAUCCUUCAAGAGCCACGCGACGAUGUCGAGGAGUGAAAAUUCUCGCAAAACGAAUAUCUUACCCAAAAUUUUUAGUUUUUCUACGUCCAUCAGAUCACCUCGCUUUUUCUAUUGUUUUCUACA